UUUCAGUUACAAUAAAUAAAAUAAUAUUUAAAAAUUUUCUAUUAAGAUUCAAUUAUUAAACGAAAAGUAGUGCGUGUUGUAUUUUGGUUGUUAAACAUUUUUUCUAGCAUAAUAAAUAAUACAGGGAGAUAGGUUAGAUUAAUAUUUUAGAAAAAACAGAAUUACAUAAACAAUUAGAGAAAGAAGUAGAGCGAUAUAUGUAUUUUAGUCUAAGUAUUUUAACCUAAAAAAUUCUAAUUACGGAUACUUAGAUUUUUUUAAGUUUAUAAUACCAUUUAUAAAUAAAAAUGCCUACAGUGACUAUAAAACGUGAUUUACUUUUUAAAGCUCUUGGAAAAACAUAUACUGAUGAUGAAUUUCAAAAAUUAUGCUUUUCCUUUGGCCUUGAGUUGGACGAAGUGACAACAGAACAACAAAUGAUAGCUAAAGAACAAGGAAUCGAUCAUAUACAAGAAGGGUCAGAUGAAAUACUUUAUAAAAUAGAUGUUCCUGCUAAUCGUUAUGAUUUAUUGUGUUUAGAAGGUCUAGUAACAGGUCUUUUAGUAUUUUUAGGAAAAAUACCAAUUCCUGUCUAUAAAACUGUUAAACCAAAAAAUGUAGAAAGGAUUGAAAUGACAAAGGCGUGUUUACAAAUAAGAGGACAUAUUAUUGCUGCUAUAUUACGAGAUGUUACUAUAACACAAACUGCUUAUGAUAGUUUUAUUGACCUUCAAGAUAAAUUGCAUCAGAAUAUUGGUAGAAAACGUACUUUGGUAUCAAUAGGAACACAUGAUUUAGAUACAAUUAAAGGCCCAUUUAUAUAUGAUGCUAUGCUACCAAAAAAUAUUAAAUUCAAACCCUUAAAUCAAGAUAAAGAAUAUACCGGAGAAGAAAUAAUGGAUCUAUAUGCAAAUCAUUCUCAAUUAAAACAAUAUUUACCUAUCAUUAAGAACAGCCCGGUUUACCCAAUAAUUUAUGAUAAAAAUGGAGUUAUAUUAUCAUUACCACCGAUUGUCAAUGGAGAUCAUUCUAAAAUAACUCUCAAUACUAAAAAUAUUUUUAUUGAAUGUACUGCAACUAAUAUAACAAAAGCAAAAAUUGCACUUGAUACUUUAGUCUGUGCCUUCAGCAAAUAUUGUUCUAGAAUGCAUCAGGUAGAAAUUGUCGAAGUAGUUUAUCCUAAUACUAAGAAGUUUGAUAGUCCAGAUUUGAAGUACAGAAUUGAAAAAAUCAAUAGUAAACAUGCUACAAAUUAUAUUGGAAUUAAUCAAUCACCUGAGGAAGUAGCACAACUUCUUACAAAAAUGUCUUUACAAACUGAAUUGAAAGGCAAUGACGAGUUACAUGUACAAGUUUCACCUUCAAGACAUGAUAUUAUUCAUGCAUGUGAUAUUUAUGAGGAUAUUGCAAUUGCGUAUGGUUAUAAUAAAAUUAAGAAAACUGUGCCAAAAACACCAAGUAUUGGAAAGGAACUGCCUCUUAAUAAACUUACUGACCAAUUACGUGAAGUUAUGGCUAGUGCUUGUUUUACAGAAGCUUUAACAUUUUCACUGUGCUCUAAAGAAGAUAUUGCUGAAAAACUUGGACAUAACAUUAUGAAUUUGCCUGUAGUUCACAUUUUAAAUCCAAAAACUGCUGAAUUUCAAGUUGGAAGGACGACCUUGUUACCCGGUAUUUUAAGAACUAUUGCAGCAAAUCGGAAGUUGCCACUUCCUAUAAAAUUAUUUGAAAUUUCUGAUGUUAUUUUACGAGAUACUAUGUUAGAAGUUGGAGCUCGUAAUGAAAGGCAUUUGUGUGUAGUUUAUUAUAACAAAAUUGCCAGAUUUGAAUUUGUUCAUGGAGUUCUUGAUAGGAUAAUGCAUGUUCUUAAAGUUUCUUGGAAUUACAAUAAAGAUGAUACGGGUUAUUAUCUAAGAUCAUUCAAAGAUCCAACAUUUUUUCUUUCUCGUUGCGCAGAAAUAGUAUCAUAUGGAAAAGUGAUUGGUAAAAUUGGAACUCAUCAUCCUGAAGUGCUUUCUAAAUUUGGUUUAAGUAUACCUUGUACAUCAUUCGAAAUUAAUAUUGAACCAUUUUUAUAAGAUGAUGAAUUAUAUUAA